GGCCUGUGGAGCGGCCUGGGGACCUGGAGCGCCCUCUGCCGGCGGUCCGGCCCGCGCGCCUGCUCACUCGGAGACCCCCGCCCGCCUGCGGGGACUCUGAGGGCGGCGCCUCGGUGACCACCGAGCCGGCGGUCCCGCGGAGGGCUCCAUUUCCAUGAUGCAAAAGCUCACCCCCGCCGCCUCGAGACGGAAAGCCUGAUAUUUCAGCUCAAGUCCAGGGCCACCUCUCCGGAAAUCCACGGGGAUAGUUUUUUGUCCUGCAGAAAAAGCUCCAGGAGUGGCGGUUUAAACAAAACCGGUCUGUUCGCAUACCCUCUGCAUGCUGUUGCCUUUGGGCUGAAGGGCGCAAGCCACCCUGGAUAACAAGGCAAAACUACGAUGACUCACUAAGAAAUUCGGUGUCAGAAAAUUGACUAGGGGGGAGGUCAAUUCAAAGCCAUGUUUCAUUAGGUAAACUGAGGCCCAGGCGAAAGGUUCUAAAACUGGCAGCUCCCUGCUCGCAACCCUGCUCACCCUGUCCCUCAGGGCCCCCAGAGAAGCUGUGUUCCUGCCUUCUUCUGGCCCCCAACCUCGCCCUCCCACACACGAAAAAUAAUGCCAGGGCUCCCUUUCCGAGCCAGGUGACGCUGCAGGCACCAGAGCAAGGACAGAGCCCACAGCCACCCAGAGGAAGGAUCGGUGGGCACGCUGCCUGGUUUGCAUCUGUGCCUUCACACUGCCCAGUUCCUGAGUAGGGCAGUGGACCCAGAAGCCAAGACAAACAGCCUGGUUCUGACAACGGGGUUCCAGUCCCAUCCCUUUCCUAGGCGUGAAGUUGGUAAGCACGUGGGCAGCUGCCAUCUACUCUUCAAACGGCCUGACCUGGGCGGAGGGCGCCGCUCGGCCAUGCCGGGCACACGCCUGGUCAGCAUGUUACGCUGGGUGGCUCACCUGGUUGUCCUGGAGCUCACCUGUUCCUGCUGCUGGGCUUGUAGCUCCAACAUGGAGUCCUCUCCUGACUUCAGCCUCCCUGAGGAUUACCCCACUGCAGGCCUCCUCCACACUGACUGUCUGGGGGUGAGACACAGACCCACAGUGACCCUCUGUGACGGAUCGCCUGGCUCUCAGGGGCCCUCUCCGCCUUCCCUUCCAGAUCUCCACCGCUGGGCGCCUGAGGGAAGCCAGACCUGCUUCCCACGCAUGACGGUGUUUUUGACUUAGCAUGACCCAUCUAGGGUGCUGCUGGUGGCUAAAGUGCUGCUGCUCCUACUGGUGGCUGGGACUGCUGGCCUGUUUGCCUGGCACCUGGACACCCCUGUGGAGCUCACGCUGGGCUCCCAGGCAGGGGGCAGUUGUGGCCUCUAUGGCUGCUUUGGGGAGUCCACGCUGCCCACGUGCUUGCUGCACCAAGGUCUCUUUGCUCUCGGUUUUAGUAUCUUCCUGUCUUGCCUGACAAUCUGCUCCUUCCAACUGGUCUUCAUCUUCAAGCUUUCUGCCAAGGUAUCCACCUUCUAAAAUGCUUGGGUCCAAAACCAUGGAGCUGGCCUGUUUGUAGUGAUCAGCUCAGUGGCCCAGCUGUUUAUCUGUCUAACGUGGCUUGCCGUGUGGACCCCACUGCCCACUAGGGAAUAUCAGCACUUUGCUCAGCUGGUGGUGCUUGACUGCACAGAGGCCAACUCACUGGACUUCACACUACCUUUCGCCGACAGUGGUCUCUUCUCAGUCAGCACCUUUGCCUGCAGCUAUGGGGGCAAGGACCUGCCAGAGAACUACAAGGCCAAAUGUGUCCCCUUCAGCCUGCUCCUCAACCCCUGGAUUAUCGCCUUCUUCACCACUGCCAGUGUCUACCAAAGCAAGUACCUGCCGGCUGUCCAAGUGUUGGCCAUGCUGAGCAGCAUUAGUGGUGGCUGCGGUUAUUUCCUCCCCAAGUGCUAUAUGAUCCUGUGCGGCCCAGGUCUCAACAGCUAG